AUGGACUACGACUCCAACCCGAACAUCCCCCCGCCUCCUGCUGCACCCGAAGUGCCGCCUCCGCCCCCGGAUGGCUUCGCUCCGCCGCCGCCGCCAGAGGAUGCGCCCGCGCCACCUCCGCCAGACGACUUUCCCCCACCGCCGCCUCCGCCCGAGGAGUCUCUAGCUCCGGAAGUGCCGCCCAAGAAGAAGGGAUGGGGCGCCCCGAAGCCCAAGAAGGAGCCGCUGAGCAUCGAGGAGAUCCUCAAGAAGAAGAAAGAGGCCGACGCCGCUGCCGCAAAACCUAAAUUCCUCUCCAAAGCCCAGCGCGAGAAGUUGGCCAUCGAGAAGCGCCAGAAAGAUGUGGAGAACCAAAAGCGCAGAGCUGAAUCCGAGCGGUCGACGUCCGGGAGCCCUGCGAACAGCAGACCCAGCACCAACUCGUCGGUAAACGGUGUGAACGGCAAUCAGUCAAAUGGCAGAUCUGCCAUACCGACUGGACCCAGAGCGAUGCGCGGAAUGCCCAACCAAGGCUACGAUAUGGCUCCUCCUCCACCCCCGAAGCCCGUCGCGAUCACUGCACCUACUGGGGACAAAAAGGCGGGUGAGAAGAGGCAAUCGCCAGAGGAUACCGAGGCGGCAUUGAUACGGCAAAGAUACAUGGGAGCCGAGCAAAACACAUCGACGUUCUCAGCGAAAAAGAAGCGCAAGCGGACGACGGAGAAGAAGUUCAACUUUGAGUGGAAUGCCGAAGAAGACACAAGCACCGACUACAACCCGCUCUAUCAAUCCCGCGCCGAGGCGGGCUUCUUUGGGAGAGGCCGUCUGGGUGGUUUCUCCGACGACGUCGUGGACGGGGCUACCAGGCGCUAUGCUCGGGCAUUGGAAGAAAGAGAUCGGGAAGCGGGCAGUGCGCGCGCGGCUGAGAUCCUGGAAAUGGAGCGCAGACGCAAGGAAGAGGGCGGUCGUGCCCUCCUGGAGAAGCACUGGAGCGAGAAAAGACUGGACCAGAUGCGCGAGAGAGACUGGCGUAUCUUCAAGGAGGACUUCAACAUCAGCACCAAGGGUGGCUCCAUACCGAACCCCAUGCGGUCAUGGACGGAAUCUGGCUUGCCGAAACGCUUGCUUGACAUUGUCAACGAGGUGGGCUACGUUGAGCCGUCGGCCGUCCAGCGCGCAGCCAUUCCCAUUGCUCUCCAGUCUCGCGACCUUAUCGGUGUGGCCGUCACCGGUUCCGGUAAGACGGCAGCCUUCCUUCUUCCGCUACUCGUCUACAUCUCGGAGCUUCCUCCCCUCAACGAGUUCACCAAGAACGAUGGCCCGUACGCCAUCAUCCUGGCACCCACCCGUGAACUGGCGCAACAGAUUGAGAUCGAAGCAAAGAAAUUCGCCACGCCGCUCGGCUUCACUUGCGUCAGUAUCGUCGGUGGACACUCGAUCGAAGAGCAAGCGUACAACAUGCGCGACGGCGCGGAAAUCAUCAUCGCGACGCCCGGCCGUCUAGUCGACUGCAUCGAGCGGCGCGUCCUGGUGCUCGGCCAGUGCUGCUACGUCAUCAUGGACGAAGCAGACCGCAUGAUCGACCUGGGCUUUGAAGAGCCCGUCAACAAGAUCCUCGACGCGCUCCCCGUCGGCAACGAGAAGCCGGACACGGACGACGCCGAGAACGCCGCGGCCAUGAGCCAGCACCUGGGCGGCAAAGACCGGUACCGGCAAACGAUGAUGUACACGGCGACGAUGCCGGCAGCCGUCGAGCGCAUCGCGCGCAAGUACCUGCGGCGGCCCGCGAUCGUGACGAUUGGCAACGUCGGCGAGGCGGUCGAGACGGUCGAGCAGCGCGUCGAGUUCGUCUCGGGCGAGGACAAGCGCAAGAAGCGGCUGCAGGAGAUUCUCAACUCGGGCGACUUCGCGCCGCCCAUCAUCGUCUUCGUCAACAUCAAGCGCAACUGCGACGCCGUCGCCCGCGACAUCAAGCACAUGGGCUUCAGCUCCGUCACGCUGCACGGCAGCAAGACGCAGGAGCAGCGCGAGGCCGCGCUGGCGAGCCUGCGCAACGGCUCCACCGACGUGCUCGUCGCCACCGACCUUGCCGGCCGUGGUAUCGAUGUCCCCGACGUCAGUCUCGUCGUCAACUUCAACAUGGCCACGAAUAUCGAGAGCUACACGCACAGAAUCGGCCGCACGGGUCGUGCGGGCAAGAGCGGUAUCGCCAUUACGUUCUUGGGCAACGAGGACACGGACGUCAUGUACGACCUCAAGCAGAUGCUCAGCAAGAGCUCCAUCUCGCGCGUGCCCGAGGAGCUGCGCAAGCACGAGGCCGCGCAGCAGAAGAGCCAGCGCGGCCAGAAGAAGAUUGAGGACAGCGGCGGCUUUGGCGGCAAGGGCGGCGGGCUGAGGUGA